AUGUAGCCAUUAUUGAAAUUUAAGUAGCAAUAAAAUGAUGGUGAGAUUUCAAAUCAAUAGCCAUCAAUCCCAAUAAUAAAGUGUCUGAACACAAGUAUUUAGUGUUGUAGCUAAGGGACAGUAUUAGAAAGCGAUAAUCGGCCGAGGAAACUACCCUGCUAGUGAGCAGAAGGUGAUACUCUCCAAACAGGGCCUAGCAUGUGUGAGUGGGUGAGGGGGAGGGUGGAGUUGACACCCCCUCUUGAGGGAGCGAUCAGAGAAGCGCUCUCUUUAUUCGGCGUGAGGUGGGAGGGUCAACUUCAACAGAGCUUUCUCAGCUUCGCAACAAGUAGCAGCCGUUACCCGUUACUGAGAGAUCCACGCUACGCUGAAAUCGAGGAAAAUGAUGGAAAAGAUUGUUGUUCUCAUAGUUUACUUCUCAUUACUUCUGGAUAACAUCUUAUUGACAGUAGUUGUUCCUAUUCUACCAGACUAUCUUCACAGUGUCGAUCUCUUAAUUGGACAAAAAUCUGAUAAUUCUACUGAAAUUCUUUCAAACUCUGAAUCUGCAAAGGCAGAUGAGUUCAUUAGAGAGGAGGCUGGUCCGGUUGGAGUGCUGCUAUCAUCAAAAGCUUUCGUUCAAAUAGUGAUGAACCCUAUUGUUGGAUUUCUCACUAAAUACUGUGGCUAUUACCUACCGAUGUUUGUUGGCACAGUCAAUUUGUUGGCAGCAACUCUACUGUAUGCAAUGGGGGAAAGCUACACAUCCUUGUUUAUAGCAAGAAGUUUGCAAGGUAUUGCAUCAUCCUGCAUUGGAGUCUCUGGUAUGUGUUUGAUAGCAGAACACUAUCCUUCAGAAGCGACCAGGAGUAAAGUUAUGGGAAUCGUACUUGGUAGUGUGGCACUUGGUGUUCUACUGGGUUACCCGUUCGGAGGUGUCUGCUAUGAAUUGCUAGGCAAAAUGGCUCCUUUCCUAGUUAUUGCAACUCUCAUUUUGGUCAAUAUUGGUUUUCAAUUGUGCUUCUUGGACCUGAAAGUUGUUAUUGAUCAACCGGUUGUUGAAACAACAUGGAGUCAUCUUUUGGCGGAUGGAUAUGUUGCACUUACCGCUGGAUCCAUUCUCAUUUCGUCUUCAGCCAUGGCAAUAUUGGAGCCGUGUCUUCCAGUGUGGCUCAUGAACUCAAUUAGACCCAAGAAAUGGCAGCUUGGAACAGUGUUCAUUCCCGACAGCCUCGGCUACUUGAUUGGCACCAAUUUCUUCGGCCUGAUAGCUUACAGGCUGGGACGUUGGAGGGUUGCCACUGCAGCCAUGCUGCUCGUUGGCGUAUCAGCUGUAUUAGUUCCAAGUGCGAAGACAAUGUCUGGCCUGAUCGCUCCGCACUUCGGAUUGGGCCUUGGCAUUGGCAUAGUGGAUGCCGCCCUUGUGCCGCUGCUUGCCAACAUCGUCGACACCAGACAUUCGGCACACUAUGGCUCAAUCUACGCUCUGCAGCAGACGUCAGUCAGUCUUGCUUAUGCACUUGGACCAAUGGCUGGAGGUGAGCUUGUCGAUGUUGUUGGAUUUCCAUGGGUCAUGAGAGUGGUUGGCCUGAUGAAUAUAAUCUAUAGUCCCUUCUUGGCACUAUUGAAGCAAGGAUUUCUGCCUCAGGAGAAGGAAACAACUUUGAUCUCAGGAAGUGAAACAAAAGUCAACUAUAAAACAAAUGAAGACACAAUCAAAUCCACUAAUUAUAAAAGAUUUUUCGCUUCUGAUGAGAGUGACUAAGAAGCCACACUGGUCUAACAUACAGUCAUGUAUGCUAGUUCCUGAUUUGGCAAUACCAAACUAAGUCACAUAGGUGAGUAUAUUAUGGUGAUAUAUAUUACAUAGUUGAGAUUAUUCCGCAUCAAAUUCCCAUAACCAAUUCAAUUUCAUGAGUUAUUUCUUAUAAACACUCAUCUCAUGUGUUAUUCAACAUAUCAUCUCCUCUUUCAGGAAUUCCCAGUUUUGAAUAUAAAACAACUGUUUAUAAAAAUCUUCUUGUUCUUAAUAAAAAAGUAACUCCACUUUCACCGAAAUCUAACAUAAUUACCCAACCAGAAACAGAUUGCAUAGGUACCAACAUUCAGAUUCCCCGGUUAAAUAACUCCAUUCAACUAGUAAACUGUUUCCACCUAGCUCAUUGGCUUUACCGUCAUAUUCCAGUUGAGAUC